AUGACUUCGCGACCCCCCGUCGAGCGCAAGCGUCCAUGGUUUGAACAUGUCGCGGUCGCAAAAGACACAAAUGUUGAUAUUGUCGCUGUUCCGCCCAUCGGCGCGCAGCAUCGUAAGACAUGGACAGCCCACGGGGCGCACUCCUCCUGGUUCGAUACACACCUGCUCCAACACUUACCCCAGGCCCGAGUCCUGUUGUACAACUAUGGAGAGCUAGGCGAGGAUAAAAUCGAUACCCUGGGCCAGCGGCUCCUCAACCAACUACUCGACGAGCGAAAGCAUGAUAAACCCCGACGCCCGAUCUUCUUCGUCUGCCACAGCACUGGCGGUCUCGUCGUGAAAGCAGCCCUGGCCCUGGCGUCGCGGGCCGAGCCGAGCCAGUCCAUCCUUAACGGCUGCCAUGGCAUUGCCUUCUUCGCGACCCCUCAUCAGGGAUCAACGUAUCUCUCCGCCGACGAGUAUGCCACCAGCAUUCGUCAUCUGCUCCAUCUGGAGCGGGAGACCCCCGUAGCACUCCGCAGGCAAUUUCGCCCCCGUCAAGAACGCCUGUGGCAUCUGUCCAACCAGUUCAAAACUCUCUCCGCGGACAUGAAAGUAUGGUCUUUUCUGGAGACAGUGGACUCGACUAUGCAUGUCAUUGAUGCCGAGACAAACAACAUCCUAGAGUUCCAUGUCCCCGUCACCUCUAUCCGAUCUGGAUUACUUGACAUUGAACACGAGACAGAACUACCUUUGGCAACUGAUCAUGCAGGCACAGCAACAUUUCACGGUCAAGAUACAACACGUGAAAGAUUCUUAAGAGAGCUGAGUAGCGCUGUGAACAUGGCCGUUGACUUGUCUGAGCGCGAGGACACGCCUUUAGGUGUCGAGCAAAAGGUGAUGGUUCAGAUAAAUGGCUUCUUCGAAGACACAGCUCUGGGUGUCAGUGAUGAAAGUCCACUGAAGCUCUGGUCAACAAAAGUCACCUUGGACGAGUACCUCUCGCGAGGGCCAUCAAUAUGUCUUCGCGAGAGACUGGGACGAGUACAGCCUAGUGGUUUGGACGAUUCCUCAAUUAGCAGUUUCGAUAGUCCACGUUCGUCCUAUAUCGCUCCUAACUCGGACUCUCAUAACCACGAGACCCAUGUCGACGAGAAGCCCCGGCCUCUACGGCCUCCACUCCCAUAUCGUCCAAGCUUCGAGGAUGGCUCUGGUCCCUCUCCACGGAUCCACAUUACUGAAGCAGAUAUGGACGAGUACUUUAAUGAGCCACCGAGCGAGAGUCCACCGCCGCCAAAAGAAACAAAACGCAAGAAUACAAUCUCAAAAGCACUCGGCUUGAUCCCGCUCAAGCGAUCCCACAGACGAAGUGCCUCUGAGAGUAGUUCGCAGGGUAGUGGCUCGCGGCCAACUUCGAGUUCCACAUUACAGCAGGCGCAGAAUGCUUUCUUGAAUAUUCCAAAGUCCACGCGCGAUCGCAUCAGUCAGCAUGCAGAGACUUCCGACAUCCCUCGAGCAGUUCCGCGUUUCGACCGACCUGACCCGGAGAGUGAGAAGCUCAUGUGGAUCCAUGUACCCUACACGCAUACCGGAUGGGUAUCACAGGUUAUCCGUCGAGCCUGCCAGGAUACAAAGGAGCCAAAUUUUGUCCGAAAGUUCAUCAAUGACGAGAAUUGGUAUCUUCGGCUCAACAGGGCACGUCACCUUGAACCUCAUGCGCGGUUUGUGAGGCCUGCAUGCAUUCAUUCUAGACACAUGGACAAUCCACAGGGCACACCGAGUAUUUCUGAUGAUCCACAGCUUGCAUUAUAUCUACACUGGGACACAUAUCGGAACCUAAUCCAACGACGAAAAGUAGUCGAAGACAGACUCCGCCAAGGCCGCUCAAGACCCAUACCAAGUCGAAUAUCCAAAGCUAGCCUGGAAGCCCAACUUAUCUGGACAUAUCUAGGCUGCGAACCACCGGUGCAUUUCCGCCGCACUCUAGACCAAUAUGGGUAUCCGAACUUGCGAUCAACUGUUGCAAGAGACGAUGAUCAGAUGCUUUGGAAAAGAACUCGCAGACCGGGUCAUAUCGACGAACAGCUGAAUGAGUAUUUGGACUCUGCGCAGGAUGAUACUGAUCCUGAUAAUGUUGAACAUUGCGAGUUCAUGGAUGGGAAUGUCUUGAUGGUUGAUCAGCUGUGGUUGUGGAUUGUUGACGAGAAGACUGUGAUUACGUUUUUCCCUAAUCAAGAGGCCACGACUUCGGAAGGGAAGUUGUUCGAGCAAUCGAAUCUGCAUAGCAGUAUCUAUAACGAGUUGAAUGGGGAUUUGGCUCGUCGGUUUGAAACGGCCGGUGACCUCGCUGCUCUGAUUGUGUUGCAUGCUACGACUGUUCUUCUGGAUAAGACUCUGCAUCACGACUUGCAAGUCUUGCGCAUAUUUGAGGAGUCGAUCAGCAUUUUGACCGAAUCUGUAACGAAAUCCUUCAAACGAUUCCGAAAUCGAGGAUUCACCAACCGCCCUGCAGAUCACGACCGCGCACCAGACGGGAAGAUAAUGACAGCCGCCCAAAGAGAGUAUCGAGAGCGCCAAGUUGCCCGAAGAAAUCGAGAAGAUCUCUCUGUCCUACUUGAGUUGCGCGACAUUGAGGACGAGCUUGGGACGAUCCUCAAGCUACUUGAUCAGCAAGACGGUGUGAUACAAAGUAUGACAAAGUAUUUCGACAAUAGAGGCGACGGAAAGUCAUUCCUUGAUUUGUCCCAGGCACGGAUCGAAGAGUAUCGAUCCCAGAUCACUGAAAUGAAGGAAAACAGCCACUUGGCUCAGAAAGCUGUUGAAACUCUCCUUGACCUCAAACAGAAGCAAGCAAAUGUCGACGAAGCCAAAAUGGCAAGGUGGCAAGCAGAAGUCACUCAGACCCAGUCUCGGGCAGUGAUGGUGUUCACUAUAUUUAGUGUCGUUUUCUUACCUCUAUCAUUCUUCACGUCUCUUUUCGGAAUCAACGCCCGCGAAUGGAGCGGAGAGCCCACUAACCCGACGUUGGGCCAAAUGCUCGAGAUAGCCGCUCCAUCGUCGUUCGCCAUCAUAUUUCUAUCCCUGUUGCUGGCAUUCAGCGAGAAACUGCGCGAGAUAGUAUCGAAAUCUCACAAAGUCAGUGUGGGGUUCAUGAAAGAAUUCAUCUUUCAUCCCAUCCGGACAAUCCUUCACUGGGAUGAUAUAACAAGCAGGAUGCCCACUAAUUUCGUCCCCGAGGAUUCAAACAUGCGAAAACGACUGGAUGAUUACCUUGGCUAUCGGCGACGGAAUAUGCAGCUUGACGAUGAUCUCUGGAAGCGGUGGCAGGUUAAUCCCCAUUCGCUUGUGCGGGAGCAUAAGGGGAAGAAGAAGGGGAAAGAUCGCGCGAAUCGAGGGGAUCGGACUGGGGAGGUUUAG